AUGUUCGCCUCCUUAAUUUCAGCUCUAGGUCUCCUCUCUUUUGUGCACGCCGCCACCAUUGACUACUUUGCUGUAUCUCGCCCGCUGGCAGGCCUGGUGGCCGGUUUCGUAAAUGGUGGCCUUCACCGCAAUGGUUUUACAAAUCUCUCCGAUAAAAACUACCAACUAUCCGCUCUGGGAGUGGUGAUCUCGUCGCAAUUUUCUGAGAGCAAUUUUGAUGAAGAAAAACUUCAACGUCUCCAUCGACGACAGGACGAUGCAACGCCCACUAGUCCAGGCAACUUCGAUUCUAGGCCUACCCCUGCUCCUACAGGGGACCCGUCUCCAUCUACCACUGUGCACAUUACCAGCACAGGCGACUUUGCUCUUCUUUUACCAGAGAUGAUAUCAGACGCUGAAAGUGAUGGCGUAGCAUACUGCGCAAGCUCUAGUUCAGGCUGCACUAGAACCUUUCCGAGUGCCUUGAUUACCGGUGCAGCUGUCUCGCAAGCAGACGACGGCUCGUGGAUACAGAUAACUGGUUGCCUCGAUUCCAGUAAAUUCCCGUUCGCUCAGGACGAUGAUGGUGGACAGUUUGACAUCCGCUUCCCAAAUGGUGCACAAUGCUCCUUUGGGGGGUAUGGGUCGAACCUUCAGCCAAUCGUUUCUGCCUUCGCUGUUGUUCGUCUGCAAACGAUCAAACAAAUUGUAACUCUCAUCAAGAUAGGGCGGGCUGCCCAGUAG